AUGGCUGCACCUUUCAUUCUGCUGGUUCUGUGCUGGGAGUUUAGACUGAGCUGCAGUGCGCAUGGUUCGCCCGAAUGGUUCAGAAACAUUUCUACCAGUCUCUUCAGUUUGUCUGGGGACAUUAUGCUGGGAGGGCUCUUUCCCAUUAACCAGCUCACCAGCAACCUCAGCCAGAGGAGGGAGCCUAACAACGUUAGCUGUGAAAGGUUAAAUGAACAUGGACUAGGACUUGCUCUUGUAAUGAAAUAUGCAGUGGAUGAGAUCAACGGAAACCAAAUUCUGCUCCCUGGCAUCAAGUUGGGUUAUGAAAUCUAUGACACAUGCACACAGUCUGCCAUCAUCAUGAAGCCCAGUAUCUCCUUCUUCACUGUAAAAUCUAACAAAGUACUAUUUGUGGAGUGUAAUUACACCGACUACGAGACCAGCGUAUCAGCCGUGAUUGGUCCUUAUAGCUCAGAAAUGGUGUCCAUCAUUGGAAAACUCAUGGGAUUCUUUCUGAUGCCACAGAUUAGCUAUGGUGCGACCAGUGACAAAUUCAGUGACAAUCAUCUCUACCCAUCAUUCUUCCGUACGGUGCCCAGCGACAAAUGGCAAGUGGAUGUUGUGGCGCGUCUGCUGAAAGAGUUUAAAUGGAACUGGGUGGCAGUGGUGGGCAGUGAAGAAGAGUAUGGACAACAAGCUGUGCAGACAUUCUCCAAAAUUGCAGAAAAUAUGUCUGUGUGUGUGGCCUAUCAGGGGCUUAUUCCAGUAUACACUGACCCUGAACCAGCGGUCAAGACCAUCAUCAACAAUAUCCAAGCAACCAACGUCAGAGUGGUUGUGGUCUUUUCUCUCCCAGAGCCAACUGAGGUCUUUUUUAAAGAGGUUAUCAGGAGGAAUAUAACAGCUGUGUGGAUUGCCAGCACAAGUUGGGCCGUCCAUAAUCGACUGACUUCUCUCCCCAAUAUUCAAACGGUGGGUACAAUCAUUGGAUUCAUUGACAAGAUACAGACCCUGGAUCUGCUCACUGCCUACACACAGGAGCUCUUUAACAAACUGAGCAAGGAAAGGAUGAAGACAUCGCGUCCACCUCCAAAGUCUGGCAAUCCUGACAAUCCCUGCUCACAAUGUUGGAACUUAUCACCUGCUAAUAUUAGCUUGGUGAAAGAUCUUGCAGUGCAGCACAAAGCUUUCAGUGUGUAUGCUGCCGUCUACAGUGUGGCACAGGCAUUGCAUAACCUGCUGGGAUGCAAUUCAACUGCCUGUGCAUGGGGAUCUGAAACCAAAAUCUAUCCCUGGAAGCUGUUGGAGGUUUUAAGGAAUACUUCUGUAAACAUAAAUGGAACACAUUUAGUGUUCGACAGUAAUGGCAACCCAAACAUAGGAUACAGUGUAGUUGAGUGGGUCUGGAAACCCUCGGGUGUAGAUUUUAUAGAUGUUGGAAGUUUUAAUGAACAACUGUCCAUCAACAAGUCCCUCUUCAAAUGGCACACUGCAAACUCAGAGGUUCCUCAGUCCACCUGUUCAGCAGCAUGUGAGACAGGCCAGGUCCGCAGAGUCAAAGGCUUCCAUUCCUGCUGUUUUGAUUGUAUCGACUGUUUGCCAGGUACUUACCAGGCAGAUAAAGAUGACAUCCAGUGUACUAAAUGCCCUGCAGGUCAAUGGUCCCUGAUCCACAGUACUAAUUGCACUAAACCCACCUUUGACGUUUUGUCCUGGGACACACCUGAAGCUCUGGAAAUGACGCUGGCUGGGGUGCUGUUGCUGCUGUGUCAGGCAUCAGUCAGUGUGGUGUUCCUGAAGCACCGGGGGACUCCAUUGGUAAUGUCGUCGGGUGGGGCCCUGAGUUUUUUGGCUUUGCUCAGCCUGAUGGGAGCCUGCCUCAGUCUGCUGCUCUUCCUUGGGCAGCCAGGAGACGUAGUGUGUCGUCUUCAGCUCCCCCUCACCUCCAUUUUCCAAACAGUCGCCCUCUCCAUUAUCACGGCCAUCUCACUACAGAUAUUCUACGUGACAGAGUUCCCAGAGACAGCCGCCUCUCACCUGCACAUACUGAGAGGCCCUGGAAGUUGGAUGUUUGUGCUGGUCUGCUGUGCUGUGCAGGCUGGUCUCUGUGGCUGGUUUGUGCGGGAAGGGCCCUCGCUGUCUGAACAUGUGGCAAAUAUGAAAAUAAACUUUGUGAGGGCCUUUCUGUCAUGUCCAGUGUUACCUUUAAUUGGAUUUCCCUUAAUGCAAGGUUUCAACACUGUAAUGGCCCUUAUUUCAUUCAUGUGCACCUUCAUGGCAGUGAAACCUCUUCAUCAGUAUAACCUUUCCAGGGACAUCACCUUUUCCUCCCUGAUCUACUGUGUGAUUUGGGUGACCUUUAUUCCAAUCUACAUGGGCUUGACUGACAAGAACAAGUCCAUUGUCCAUGUUUCUUUCACUCUGGUGAGCAACUUGGGACUGGUGGCAGCCUACUAUUUCCCAAAAUGCUACUUUCUGUUGAGGAAACCCGAUUUCAAUACACCAGAGCACUUCUGUACCUUCCUAGAGGGCGUCCCAACACCAGGUCAGGAGGAGCCACAGCCACAGCCGCAGUCGGAGCAAUAA